CCGUUUACAUAGUUAAAGAGUAGUAAACCCUCCUAUUUAUCUGCAGUGUGUAGGCUAAUUAGCUAAUGUAACGUUAAGCUAGCUGAGUGCGUGAGUGUGCACGUGAGCUGGGUGAAUAGUAGGAAAGAAACUGUAACAUUAACAUAAAAUGUGAAUGUAGGUGCAUAUGUAAUGCUUUAGUAUGAACCAUAUUUUGUAAUGAAAAAUAAAUUAUGCACUAUGCAGUCAUUCGAACAAGAAGAGCUUUUGAAUCUUGUGUAGAUUAUUUAAGUUACAUUUUGCCGGUUAUAGUGACAUGAAUUUAUUUAUAUUUUUACAGCCUAAGGGCAAGAAGAAAAUGUCCCUAAAAGUCCCUAAAAAUGACUCGAUGACAGAGGUGACCAAAAAUGAUUUGGAUGGUCCUGAAGUUGAAGGAAGCUCUGCUCCAAGUCGCAGCAGCAUAAGCAGCAUUGGAUCAGGAUCAAUCUCCAAAGUGGAGUUCCUAGAAGCAAGGAUCCAAUGGCAAGAAAAAAUAAUAAAGGAUCUUGAGCAAGAGCGCAAUUUCUUGCGUGAGCAAAUCAUGGGAAAGAAGAAAUCAUCUCAACCAAAAGUAUUUACUUUGGAGGACGACGACGAGGAUGACGAUGGUAACAUGGAUGAAGAUGACGUCAUUCCCCCAUCUUCUCCAAACAUCAGUGAGUCCUCGGACAGUGAUGUUGUCAUCCAAAGACGGAAGAAACGUUGGACACAGCCACCUGCAUCUGCAACUGUGGCUGUGCUUGGAAAAGCUCAUGUGAGAGCAAAAGGACCAGCUGAGGUUAUCAGCAGAUAUAAAAAAGUCUUGAAAAGCUUAAGCAAAGUCCGCACCAUGACUGAAGCCUUCAGAAUCAAUGGCGUGGACCGGGGAACCAUCAAGAUGACUGCUGCAAUUGCAGAGCUCAGCAUUGUGGAUCCUGAAACCUUCAAGACCCUGAAGUAUGAUCCUGCAACUGAGACCCUGCAGUCCUUUGCUAAGAGGUGUGCAACCCACAUUACCCCUGAGAAGAAGAGCAUUAUAGAGGACAUGAAGGCCAAAGGCCAACUCCUCCCCUUGUUGAUGAAAUAUUAAAGACUUAAGUGAUCUGCUUUGUUCAGUUAAAGAUCGGUUGUAUUGUAUUGGAAACGUGAAAUAUUAACCUGUGCAGAUUUAGUUAUAUCCUUGUUAGUGCACAGGGGAAAUAAAUCACCUGAUGCAGUAAUUAUAGAGCAAGUUUAGGCUGUGAAAGUGCAAUGUUUGUACAGUUCAGUACAUUUGUUCUAAGCUUUGACAAGUGUAGUUUAGCUGAUGAAGAGCAAGUUCAUGUUGAGCUGUGCAGGUUUUAUAUUUUUUAGAUUGUGCAAUUUAUUGUAUUUUUGUACUUAAUAUUGUGCAGUAUUUUAUAUUGUGUUUUUUUUAAGCAGGCAGAUUUUGGUUAAAGGAUCACACAGAUGUUCAACAAUAGAGUACCUGUAUUAUCAUACAGUAUGACCUGCUUAUACAUUUGAUACCAUAUUGUAUGACAUGUUUAUAAACAUUGAUACUUGUCAGUGUUUGAAUUUUCAGGCAGUAUUUGUUGUCAGCCUUGGGAAAACCUGAACCAGUGGUUUAAUAAAUGAGGUAUUUGUACUUGUGCUGUCUUUGUUAUUCUACCACUGAAUGAGAGGGAACCUAUAGAUAGAUCCAUUUUUUUCAAAGGUGUAACCCAUCGCUUGUUCAUUGCAGUAGUUAUGUGCUAUAAUAUAUUAACUAAGUGUAAAAAGGAGGCAACUUUAGAUUAGGGAACAUGUGUUGGUUAAUAAGUGUUCAAUUACUAGUGAAUUAGUAAUGAUCAAGAUGUCACUUUAGUAUGGGGAACAUAUUCUAAGUAACAAAGACUUAAUUUAGAGUUAUUUGGACACUAUUAACACUUGUAGUUUUGUGUAUUUUUUAUGUAAGAACAGACCAUAUUCAUUAAGUGUUAUUAAGGGAGAAUAACUAUUCUUGUGGUACUACCACCUUAUAAAGUCCAUACUAAGCAAAGCAUAUUAAGAUCAUAAUUCAUAUGCAACAACUUCCUUACUUACUGCUAAUAAGCAAUAAUUCUGAGGUUAUUGAGGGAAAACUCUUAGUUAAUGGCUUACUGGUUGUAUAA